AAAACGACAUAACCUCUUUUUAAAAAUAUUUUGAAUUUGAAUAGUGAUUUUGUGUGCCCAAUGUUAACAUAAAAACGUAAGGAAUAACCUAAACGACUACUUGCCUAAAGAAUACUUCAAUAUGUUUGAGAGAAAUUUAAUUUUAAAGUAUUUACCUGUAAAAGACAGCUUCUUAUAUACUAACCCCAAUUUGAAAUUUUUAAAAACUGGUGCUUGUGUUAAAGUUAUUAUUAACGAGAAUCAUGUUGUAUAUUUUUCUGUUGGUGAUACCUCAGUAGAACUGGAUGACAACUGUAUUGGACUUAACUCUUUAUUUGCUAGAACUUUAAAUGUAGACAAUGGUAUCUUAGUUAGAGUUUCUGAAGUCCCUUCCUUCCCUUCAGUUUCUAGUCUGACUGUUUUUCCGGUUAACAGAAAUGAAUAUGAAGUAAUGGAGAUGUUAGCUGAUAACAUUCAGGAUACAUUACUUAGUCAAAUUAGAGUUGUUUAUACAGGACAGAAAAUAGUAAUAUGGAUAGGAAAUAAUAUUAAUGUGACUGUAUGUGUUGGUAAUGUGAAUCCAGUGUCUCCUGGUGCAAUAGACUUUUUGACGGAAGUACAUAUAGAAGAAUCUUCGUACAAGCCAUUGGAAGAUAACAUUGUCUCAACUGAUUCUAAUCAGAUCGCAGAUAAAUCCGAUUGGAAAUUUUUUUCAAAUUUUAUUAAAGCUCCUAUUGCGAAAAGUCCUUUGGAAAAAUACAUCACUUUACAAUCUGAAUUACUUUUUAGAGUUGUUCCCAUAAACAAAGUGCCUUUUCCUGAAAAUACUUUUUUAUCAGACCUUCCAUUUACUAUAUUUUUAUUCAAAAAUGUGACAUCUGAAGACGUAUCACGGUUUAAAAUAUUUCGACUGAGUUUAUUAACUAAUGAUGUUUUUGCUAAGGACAUUUAUGCAAGACUAAUGUUGAUUGAAAAUUUGGAUUUGAAUAUGGAUCAUGAGCUAUGUGUCGAUGAAGAAAUAAUUAAUUUUUUCGAUUGUCCGUUAGGAGCUAGAAUGAGUUUAAAACCUGUAGAAAAAUACCCUUUUGUUAAUGAAAUUCAGAUCAACGCUAAUAAAAAUUAUACAGUGGAUGUUAUAGAAACUUUUAAGCGAUUUCUGGCAAAGGGAAGUGAUCAAGAUAACGUUUUUGUAUUGAACAGCGACAUUCCUAUUAACAUUGGUGACAACAUUGUAUGCAGCCUAAAAUUCUUCCCAGAUGAACCAAAGUUUUGUGUAAUCGACGAUCAUCUUGUUAGAAAUUGUAAAUAUUAUUUAAAUAUCGAGAAUAUUGUUAAGGAAAACAAGAAGUCAAAAGAUCCAAGCGUUCAUAUUUUAAAAGAUAUUUCAAACUUUAACACACUUAUAGAAGAUACUACAAACGAUCUUUCGAGGCUGACAGAAAAUGUUUUAAUAACAGGAAAACCAGGAACAGGAAAGACGACACUUUUAAAUGAAAUUGCGCACACUUUGUGCCAAUAUCCUAGUUUUUUGUUUAUAAAAGAAGUGAAAUGUAAAAGCAUCAAAGGAAAAACUAUGGACUCCUUACAUAAAUUUUUUUCAAAUGUAUUUUCCGAGUUAUUGCUACAUCAACCAUCUAUAUUAAUUUUGGACGAUUUACAUAUUUUAUGCGAAAAUGUUCACGGAGAUGAAGCUGCUCCCAACUAUAUUUACUUUAGCAGAAUCAGUGAAAUGCUGUAUAACUUUCUAAAACUGCUAUCUCCCUUGAAUAAGAUUACAAUUUUAGCUUCCUCUGAGAGUACAGAUAAAUUAAAUAAGAAUAUUUAUACCUCACGUGGAAACCACCUAUUCAAAAAUAUUUAUUCAAUAGAAGAACUUUCUAAGGCUAACAGAAUAUCUGCUAUACAAUUUCUUUUUAAAGAUUACACAUUGGACAAAGAUACUUGUAAUGACUUGGCCAUUAAAACGGAAGGGUUUGUUAUUCAAGAUUUAGUAGAUUUUUGUAAUAAAACCCUUUUCGAAAUGUACAAAUAUGAACCAGAAGUUUCCACAACAACUUUGAUAAAAUCUAAAUAUUUGGAAACAGCUCUAAAAAAUACAACUGUCAUGUCUUUACAAAAUGUCCAACUACAUUCGCCAGGCGACAAAAAUUUUUCUAGUGUAGGAGGCUUACAGGAAAUAAAGGAAAUAUUGCUUGAGAACUUGCUUUGGCCUAGUCAGUAUCCAAAUCUUUUUGCUAACGCUCCACUUCGGCUUCAAUCUGGACUAUUACUUUAUGGACCUCCAGGCACUGGUAAAACUCUAAUUGCAGCUGCAGCGGCGAAACAGUGUGGAUUGAGGUUAAUUUCUGUUAAAGGCCCAGAAUUAUUAUCCAAAUACAUUGGCGCUAGUGAGCAGGCAGUUAGGGAUAUAUUUCAAAAAGCUCAGAGCGCAAGACCCUGCAUAUUAUUUUUUGAUGAAUUUGAUAGUUUAGCACCCAGACGUGGUCAUGACAAUACAGGCGUAACGGAUAGAGUAGUGAAUCAACUACUUACUCAAUUAGAUGGUGUCGAAUCUUUGACAGGUGUGUGCGUUUUGGCAGCUACUUCGAGACCUGAUCUUUUGGAUUCGGCAUUGCUGAGACCCGGAAGGCUCGACAAGCAGUUAUUAUGUCCACUACCCAAUGAGGGAGAUAGGUUCGAAAUUUUGAAGGUACUUUCUAAAAAUCUGAAUUUAAGCGAUGAUGUAUCAUUGGAACACAUUUCUACAAAAACAGAAAAUUAUUCAGGAGCUGAUUUACAAUCUCUUCUUUAUUCAGCCCACAUGUUAACCAUUGAUUAUUCAUUUGAAAAUGAUAAGGUCGUAACUCAGGAUACUAAAAUCAGUCAAGCUCAUUUGGUAGAAGCUUUACGGAAAACAAAACCUUCAUUAUCCAAUCAAGAAAGAUUAAAGUAUGAAAGAAUAUACGCAAGAUUCCAAAGUGGAUCUACGAUAGACGACUUAAAAAGAGGAAGCAAGGCAACUUUAGCUUAGGUUCAAAUAGGAUUUUUUAUGUUAGACUUGUUGGUAUUUGUAAUUUUUAUUAAAGACUUGUUGUAA